CUCUCUUUGCUCAGCACAGCUUCUCUACGCACAGUAGUGGUGUUAGUCAUACCCUUGUUCGACUCCAACAGUUUUCCGGAUAAUACGGGAGCCAUUUUCGCCAGAGACAUCUCGGUGCGUGGUUGCUGUGCAAAGCUGUGGCUGGCUCUUGCUGGGUGAGAGGCAUGGAAAGAUCUUCACCCGACCUUCAGGCAGCCGCCGCCGGUGUCUUGCUCGCCAUCGGAGUGGCCGUGGCAUGCUGGGCUAUCGCGCGCCGCGGAAGGAAGAGCGGCACGUCCCCUCUGGCAGGCAUUCGGUCUCUACGCGGCUUCGAGCCAGAGGAAGUCCUGAAGGAUGAGGACGACGGCCGUGUGGUCACUUUUCUGGGCCGUUUCGCAUGGCAGAAGGAAGGCGAGGUUGCCCUUGUCAAGCUCAUCGCCAAGCCGCUGUCGUUGAGCGGGCUCAAGGACAACCUUAGUCGGCUGAGUGUCCGGCUGAAAAGCGAGAGCGGCGCCGAGUACGCCUUCUACAACUGCUCCAUGUCGCUGUGGCACACCUUCCUGCGCGGCCUCGAAGGAAACAGCUACUCGCUUGAGGUUGUGGCACCGGCCUCGGAGCGCACGGUCAACCGCAACCGUCCCGUGACUACCGCGAUGCUCACGGAAACCGCAGAGAUGCACGCCUCCGUAACCGGCCCGCACAUGGACAGGAUCGUGGGGGACGGCAAGUCCCUGUCCUGGCUGUUCAACGUGCUCUCCAAGGACAAGGAGGCCGAGCGCGUUCUGUACGAGGACGAAGACCCGGAGCACGGGUUCCUCCUGAACAUUGACACCAAAUGGCGGACGCACCCCGACAUCUCCACCGUGCCUCGGCAUGAGUGGGAGGGGCACCCAAGCGUGGGGGAGCUCUACUGCUUGGCAAUCAGCCACCAGCGAGGCAUCCGGACGCUGAGAGACCUUCGCGCAAAGCACGUCCCCAUGCUCAAGGAGAUUUACGGGCGCGGUGUGGAAACUAUCGAGGCGGUCUACGGGGUGCCCGAGGACCAGCUGCGAGUCUUCGUGCACUACAUGCCGCAGUUCUUUCAUUUCCACGUGCACUUUACCAGGUUACACAACACGAUCGGGGUGGAGGCGGAGCGAGCCCACCUACUUGUAGACAUAAUCCAAAACCUCGAGCGAGACAGCUACUUUUACGAGACGCGCACGAUGCAGUUUAGGGUCCGCGAGAACGACGCCCUCCACACGGCCUUCAAGAACGCGGGCGAGGCGUAAUCUAUUCUAGUUGUGUCUGCAGGUCAGCUUGACAUGGCCGCUGCCCUUGCGUUGUGCGUGUGGUGGAAUAGCUUGUGUUUCUGGUUUUCGUCGUGUGUGUGCUCGUCCCAUCUAGUCUACGCGCCUUUCGGUGCGUUUGUUUGGCGUGCUAUGUAGAUGGGGUCAUGCAGGAUUCAUUUCAUUACGUUGUUUGUGCCUCACCGCCUGAGGUGCUAGCCUUAGUUUUAUUGCGAGGAGGGUUGAACCAUCCCUUCCCCUCGUCGACCGUGAAGUCUAAGUGUUUAUUGUCAC